GAAACCACGUAAAUAUAAUGUCUUGCUCUUCAUUAUUUGUUUGUUUCACGGUUGAUCAAAUUUUGUUUUACAAUUGUUUCCACCAUAUUCUGUUCCUGACUUCCUGUAAUAUAUAUGUAGAUACGACCACAUUCCUAACCUCAUUGGCGGAGCUAGGUUAAGGGUUGUGGGGUCCAUGGACCCCACUUGGAAAAUGAAUAUACAUUAAAAAUGGUGGAUUUUUAAGGUGGGGUUAGUAAAUUUAGAACCACGGACUCCCUCUUUCCGAGACAAUGAUUUUACUAUCGAGUCAAACUUCGU